GGUGAUCAUUUCCAUAGCGUACUUGAACACCGUGACUAUGGCCCUAAUUUUAUCAUUUAUAUUGACUCAAAAUUGCAAUUCACUACUUACUACCAAUCCACACUGUUAUGGUCCACUAACUGGAAAUUAUGGAUGAAAGCAGAAAGCAUGCAUUUGUGAAUUAUGAUCCUUCGAAUCACCGGCCAAACCGCACCCAACGCCGGGAAGUAUCUUCCUACAUCGGAAAGCACUAUCGAAAUCGUUCAGCCCCUGCAAAACGAGCGCAGCAAGCCCCGGACGCCAAUGGCAACCAGGAGAUGGCUCGGCCAUUCCUGCAGCCAAUGACACCUUCGAUGGAGGUUCAAACACAAAUUGUCAUUCGAGGAUCGCCGUCUCGUGUCUUGGACUACAAGGCCAACCAUGACCCAGAGGCCGUGGGAGAAGAGGAAAUCGCUAGGCCCGAGAUACCUCAUUACUCAAGACCCGGCAUUGAACACGAGAAUGGGAUUUUGCUACUGCGGCCUGUCUUAGAAUGUUUUGUGCCUGCUUACCCGCCGGAGCAUCGAGAGAAAGUCUUUGAUGUUUUGGAUUUGCACAUUCACUUCCUGGCGGCCCGCCUGAUGCACUGGGGCCCUGGGGCUAAUCCGUUUGUUCGCUGCUGGGUACAAAUGAUCUGCGCAGAUGUUGCAUUGUUUGACGCUGUGGCGGCUUUUACACAUGGCGUACGGAUCACCGCACUGGAAGACAAGGUCACACCAACCGCCACAAUGUUAUGGCAUAAGGCACGAGCGUUGAAGGCGCUGCAAGCCAAGAUCGCAACAGGCGCAGGGACAGGGACAAGACCAUUGACUGAGCACCAAGCCGCAACCUGGACAUCAAAUGAGACGAUUUUAUCGACCUUUUACUUAAUGGAAGCUGCCGCCCGGUUCGGUUAUGAAACUGAGUUCCGGGCGCAUUGUCAGGGGUUGCUGAGGAUGAUGCAGAUGAGGGGCAGGGUUGCGAGCGGAUGCUUGAAGGAUCUUUUUGUUCUACAAGCUGCUGGGUUAGUCGAGGGUACAGAAAUGGCCUCUGCGAUUCAAAAUGAAAGUGAGCAAACACAGCAUGAUUCGUCAAGCAGUGUUGUGGGAUUUUCCGGAAUGCCCGUUACGAUUCACUCAGAGCUUCGAUACCCGGACCUGCAGCCAGGCACUCAGUUUAGUGGAAAGCUGAGAAUGACGAUCAAUGUCUUGCCUAAAGGCUUUCGCGAAUUGGCGAUGUUGGGAAAUCUCAGCAUUGAAUUUAUUCUGCUUCUCGAGGAGCAGCUUAAAGAGGCCGGAGACGACACCCAGACAGCCGAGCGGCAAACCAUGGGAAUUAGACGAGCGCGCCUGUUACUCACUCGGUCACAAAAUGUGGUCGAGCGUCUGGCCUGCUUGGGCAUGGUUGCGUUUCUCACGCGUCGCACGGCACAGAUGCAGAUGUUUCCCGAGGUUGCUUAUAUAUAUAAGCUCGGGAUGAUGGGAAGGCAGAUGUCUGCUUUCGGUGCGGAGGGCAAGUCGUGCUACGGUGAAUUGAGAGUUUGGGCGACUCUUGUUGGUACUGAGGUGGCAAUUACGGCUGGUGCUAAUCUGAAGCUGCGGGCCGGUCAGCUAAUGAGGGAUGUGUUUCUUCAAGAGGAAUGGAUUAACGACUGGGCUGACGUGGAAAUGAUAGCGAAGCGGCAUUUGUGGGAUGAAAACACUCUCACUGCAUGGAGGAGUCAUUGGAUGACCUACGGCAAGCCGGGGCAGCUUAGAGAACUCGUUAAACAUGAAUAGACUGUCUUUAUAAUGAAGGACUCUUUCUUUACAGUUCCAGAUCUACAUAGCCAAACAGCUUCAUCGUCUCUCCGUCAUCUGCCAUCCGUUGGGCCCAGGCUGUCAUCGCCUUCAUGAAAACACGCACGUUCUCCUCCUGGCUCAUAUCAAUCGGCUCCUGUCCUUUACCUACCUGCCGCAUCUGGGUUCCUGCAAUGAUAUUGGUCAAGGCAAAGUCGUCUUGGUUGACUUUUGGGUCGAUGGCACCGGUAAUUGUACCAUUCAGUAUGUCUUUGGUGAGACUAAACUCCUGUGCGAUCACUCGCCCAAGACCAACCCCAUCAACUGACUUCAGCGCUUCCAACAUCCCUUGUAGUGUUCUGAAUCCCCCAGUAACAUAGGUCUUUGUCUUGCUCAGUGAAGGAACGAUCAUGUCCGCGAACUCCAGGAAAAAUGCUUCUCGCUUUCUCGUAGACUCGCGCUCGUGUUUAAAUGCCAUAGCCUGGUAUGUGCCACCGCUUAAUUCGACAAAGUCGAAUGUCGCUUCUUCAAGCAUUUGGCAGAGAUUUCGUGCUUCCUCCACCGUAAACCCGCCAGACUGGAACUCCACACUGUUGAUUUUGAUUCCCAGAAUGAAGUCCGGAGAGGUAUUUGCGCGAAUAGACUGCGCAAUCUCCAUGAUUAGGCGAGCACGAUUCUGCAAGCUACCGCCAUACGCAUCAGUGCGAAAAUUAGUGGUUCGCGAGAGAAAUUGGGAAAGGAGAUAUCCGUGUGCACCUUGCAGUUCAAUGCCGUCAAAUCCGGCACGCUGCAGAUACUGCGCCGCGUAGGUGAAACUGCGCACAAUCUCGUUUAUUUCUUCCUGGGAGGCGGGAUGGGGUUUCGCAAAUUCAAGGCCGAGAACCUUUCCUUGGAGCUGCACAUCACUCGCAGAGACAGGAUUAGGCUGUAUUCUGCGGUCAACCUGUCGUCCGGGGUGCGUGACCUGGCCCGUAAUGAGGCUACCGUGAGCCUUUGCGAGCGAAGCAAGCUUGGCGAAGGCUUCAAAACGUGGCCCCUCAAAGGGAGCGUCCGUGGGAAUGAUGAGAUUGCCCGCGGCUUCAAGCUGGUCAUAUGCCAACAUGAUAUUGCCGGUCAGGAUGUGGCCGAGUUCGCCUUCCCCCCAUCGCUGGUACAAAUUGUGUAUCGCAGUCGAUGGAACUCCGCGAGCCUCUUUCUUCUGGGGAUCCCAUGAACUGAGCUUUUCCGUCAUUGAGGCUUUCAAGAACCUAUUGGGGGCUGUUGUUUGGCUGAACUCGAAGCGCAGCGGUUGCGCCAAUGGCGAAACAUCUUCGACUGGGGAGUGGAAGCGGGAGGUCAUUGUUUGUGGUUGGAGUACUGCUGAAACUCGGAAGGUAAAAGAGAAGUGGGCUUAAGUAAACAAGAUCUUUGUGUAAGCCUACAGGUCUAAAGGGUGGACGAUUGAAGACUUUAUAAUUUCCGUAUCCAACGACAUUCUUUUCCGGUGAGAUUAAUACUCUCUUUACUUCUCCGGGGGAGGCACAUCUGGAGUGAGUGAUGUCUAGAUCCUUGGCUCCAAAUUACUAAGCUACCAAAUACGCG